UCUCAUCAAUGCAACAACUACUCGGUACAGAUCUGUUACGAAUAUGGAUUUUAUCUAUUUCAAGAUAUUGUUGCUGUUAAAUGGCUGGCUAGUGGAAGGCUCUCCAUUGGCGAUGCUGCAGCACGCUACCUCAUCACAGAGCUUCGUUUUCCACCCAGCUGCCUCUUCCCGCGCCCCAGAACCAGCUGCUGUAUCAUCACCAGCAGAACCAUACAGCACCGGCAAUAGUCAUAAUCAGGCUAAAUACGAGUACAAAUAUGAAGUGACAGACCACCAGACAGGAGAUCGGAAGUCUCACUGGGAGAGCAGAGACGGAGAUAGGGUUCGUGGAGUUUAUACUCUGUACGAGCCUGAUGGGGCAUUGAGGACUGUUGAAUAUUCUGCUGAUGCUUUAAGUGGAUUUAAUGCUAUUGUAAGACGAGAUGAUCGUACAAGGCACUCACAUUCCCGAGUGGAUUCUUCCUACAAACCUCUUACUAACAUCAACGACGGAUACAACUCACCGGACCAGUCAAACAAUUCUGAUAGGAGUUAUCUCACUCCAAACCAAGGCAAUGAUUACUCUGGAUAUCCACCGUCAAGUGGAUCAUAUAAUGCUGGAUUCAGUGUCAAUCACUUAAAAAAAGGUGGAGAGCAUCCUUCACCUCCUUACUGAUGCUAUUGGCAACCUCCAGAUUCAAACGCCAAGAGUAUAUUCAUUUCUGGUCAAAUAUGCGCCUCGCGCACUUUGCAGGGCAGUUACAACCCAAAACCUAUUUGCUAUAGACAAAGUGUGCUUAAGUCGUAUUUACUUGACAUCUGGAUAUAUUUCUUUGUUUGUUAAUAAAUUAUUAUUUUUUACCGCUUACAGCGAAUAAAGCCCAUUUUAAUGAAUAACAGUUUUAGUUAUCGACUAACUUAUUAUUAACUUUUGUAUUUUUAUGUGGUGAUAGUGUAAAAGGUUUAUUAUUAUCAAGAUGUGUUAUGUAAAUAUUUAACAUUUGUACACUUGUGUAAUUGUGUAUGUGCAUUUUACUUGUAAUGAAUAAAAAUCGAACAUUUUUGGUA